CUGUUUUUUCUUCCAGGACAGACUGAGGUCUUGAUUUCCACCAGGGAAAGUAGCGAGGGCAUUUACAGUACAUGGCUAGGGGGCAGCUAUUUUCAUUUUUUAUACUUAAAAAUAGGAAUUAGAAAGUUAAAGAUAUCAAUUCUAAACAGUCGUUUCUGUUAUAUGGAAACGUAUUUCGAGGACAGUAUCGUUAUAGAGAAUAACAUGCCUUGCCACAACCAGCAGACAAAUAAUGUCAACCAAGACCACGCUAUCAUGAAGCAGGUUAGGUUUGCGAAUAGCAACGCCAGCAUCUCCGCGGUUUCGGCCAGCGGACUUCAGGAAGUGAAGGAAACAAAUGAAAACGGGCUCAACACUGAAGCGCAAGUUCAACUCGACCCGCAGCUGAAACUGUUACCACUGAAUGACCAAAUACGAGAAUUGCAGACUAUCAUAAGAGACAUGAAAACCAGCAGGGGUGAUUUUGUGUUUUGCGCGGACCGGCUGAUCAGACUCGUGGUUGAACAAGGACUCAAUCAGCUGCCCUAUUCUGAGUGCACCGUAACCACUCCCACAGGGCACAAGUACGACGGUGUCAAGUUUGAGAAGGGUAACUGUGGGGUCAGCAUUAUGAGAAGUGGCGAGGCCAUGGAACAGGGCCUGAGAGACUGCUGCAGAUCAAUCCGCAUCGGUAAGAUCCUCAUUCAGAGCGACGAGGACACCCAGAAGGCCAAAGUCUUCUACGCCAAGUUCCCGCCCGAUAUAUACAGGAGGAAGGUGCUGCUCAUGUACCCCAUUCUGAGCACAGGUAACACGGUGAUCGAGGCUGUCAGGGUGCUUAUCGAACAUGGCCUCCAGCCCAAACACAUCAUCCUCCUCAGCCUCUUCUCCACCCCUCAUGGCGCUAAGUCAAUCAUCCAGGAAUUUCCAGACAUCACCAUUUUGACGACCGAGGUGCACCCUGUGGCCCCGACACACUUUGGACAAAAGUACUUUGGGACUGACUAGCCUGCCUUCAGGGAACCCCACAAUCGAUGCCAUACCGUGACAAACCGUAAACAGUGUGAUUUGUCUUUUCCGCUUUUUUAUGAAGAGCAGCUUUUGAGGACCCCUGCCGUAGACUCCUGCGCUUGUUUCUGCACAUCUUACCUAGUGUCCCACUCCGAGGCAUUUCUCCCCGAAACGAAAACGCAGAAAAAAAGCACAUUCCCUUCAGGUGUAUUAGGAAAUGGUAUGCUCGCUUAUAUUGAAGACUUGUGCUCCAAGUCUUCAAUUUUUAAAAAAGAAGCAAUACUUUAACUCUUUUAUUUAUUUGUUCAACGUAGUCCGUUUGUAGUGGUUUGCAUUCAAAUUUGAGAAAAAUAAAAUUUUUCACUCUG